AUGGGCUUGGCAGCUGUUAAAAAUAAACAAAAACUAGGACUAGACCCCAGAAAUACCAAUUGGAGUAAUGACACUUCGCGGUUCGGUCACAAGCAUCUCGAAAAGAUGGGCUGGAAACCAGGUUCCGGUUUGGGAUUGAUGCCUGACGCUACCACAACACACGUUAAGGUGUCGAUCAAGGAUGAUAAUCUCGGUUUGGGAGCUAAGCUACGGAAGAAACAGAAAGUCGAUGAGUUUGAUAGCGGAGAAUGCGCUGGAUUGGACGCAUUUCAACGUCUUCUCGGUAGACUAAAUGGUAAAGAAGACACAGUUACAAGUGAACUAGAUUUACAGAGAAAGAACAAUAUCAUAAAUGGUAAAUGGGGCGUUCAUUUUGUAAAAGGUGAUGUCUUGGCCAGCACAUGGGAUGCCAAGACUAAGACUUUGAAACUUUACAGUAACAAGCCUACCAAGAGAAAACAUGAAGAAGAAGACGAUGACUCAACUGACUACAAGAAGAAAAAGAGCAAGAAAAGUAAGAAGAACUCAAAGUCAGAGAGGAAGAAUGGCAGUAAGAAUUCUGACACGGAGAUAUGCUCCGACGGCAAGAAAGACAAGGAAAAGACUAGGAAAGACAAGAAAGACAAAAGAGCCAGAAAGGAAAAGGUGAAAGAGUUCAAGGUAAAGAGCGAGAAGAGAGACAAGAAGGAUAAGAAAACAAAGAAAACAAAGAAAACAAAGAAAACCGAAAGUGAAACGAGCGAGAAGAAGGACAAGAAGGACAAGAAGGACAAGAAGGGCAAGAAGAGCAAGGAACAGCGGAAAAUCCAGAAAUUGGAAGAAGCAAGUCGUGAUGCUAUGUUGAAACCAAAGACAGAUUCAAGCGACGUCAUAGCAUCAAGGCUCUCAGUACGGUCUAGAUGGAUAAAGCAAAAAAGAGCAGCCGUAAUGGAUGCUAAAGCUUUGAACGAAAUCUUCAUGAUUGCCAGCUAG